AUGACAGAACAAAAGAAAAGACAACUAAAUACGUUUGCCGAUGAGCAUACAGAUGUAUCCACUGGGAUAUUAAACCAGAAACAGGAAGAAAAAGAAGGCGAGAGCGUGCAGAAGAUAAAAGAGCAAGCCCUCACUGAUGAAAUACAGCAGAAUGCAGGAGAGCAGGAGAGCGAAGAGGAUGAGGAGUUGAACAUGGACGAAGUCAUUGAACUUCCAAAUGAAAUACCAACAAACUCCAGUCUUAUUGCAGGAGUGCUUGUGGUAGAUGAGAAGGGAGGAGAGGCUGAUUUGGCAGAAUCCUUCGAUGCCAUGGGCCUGGGAGAAGACAUUCUUAAGGGAAUCUUCUCUCUUGGCUUUGAUAAGCCGUCUCCCAUCCAGAUGACAGCCAUUAUCCCCUUGCUUAAAGGAAGGGACUUGAGGGCACAGGCACAGAGUGGAACAGGAAAGACAGCUGCCUUCGGAAUUGCAUCCCUCCAGUCAGUUGACCAGAGAUUAAAGGAGCUGCAGGUUAUCAUUAUGGAGACAACAAGAGAACUUGCCAUACAGACAUGCUCAGUGCUCCAGGGAAUUGGGUCCUCCACAAACAUCUGCGUAGAGGCAAUCUACGGAGGAGUCAGAAUUUCAGAGUCCUUGGAUAAAGUAAAGAAGAGACCCCAGAUUCUGGUGGGCACCCCAGGAAGACUGCUGCACUUGAUAGAAAUGAAGCAGCUAAAUUUGAAUCAUGUGAAACUGUUCAUUCUUGAUGAGGCUGAUGAGAUGCUUAAGAAGGGCUUUUUGGAGUCCAUCAACUUACUGUACAAUAAAAUACCGAACAAGCAGAUUCAGGUGGGUCUGUUCUCGGCUACAUGGAGUAAGGAGGAGCAGGAAAUCACAGCACAGAUUCUUAAUGACCCAGUGAUCAUCUCUCUUAAGGACGAAGAUCAGACCUUGAAGGGAAUUAAGCAGUACUAUGUGAACGUAGGGGACAAGAGAGGAGCCUCUGUGGACAUGACUAAGUUUGAAGUACUUUGCGAUUUGUACGAUAGAGGAUCCAUCUCCCAGUCUGUCAUAUUCUGCAACAAGGUGGAGAGAGCCAUCAACAUUCAGAAGAACAUGAUAGAAAGAGGAUUUGAGUGCGAGAUCUUCCACAGUGAACUUCCUCAGGAGGUGCGUAAUGAUGUCAUGAAGAGAUUCGCAGAGGGUAAGUGCAGAACCCUCGUCUCCUCAGGACUUCUUGCCCGUGGAGUUGACGUGCAGACACUCAGUGUGGUAAUUAACUUUGACGUCCCACAGGAGAAGGAAAUAGAGAACUAUAUUCACAGAAUUGGAAGAGCAGGAAGAUACGGUAGAAAAGGAACUGCCAUUAACCUUGUCUCUGCUGAUGACAUGGAGAUGAUCAAGAAGUACGAGAAGCACUACAAUACAACAAUUAUUCCCCUGCCAAGCAACAUAGUUGAGUCUCUUUAA